UGAAGAUAUCGAAUUAUUGAUAGACUAAUCUUGUACAUUUACAAAAUUCCAGGGUUGUUUACGAAAAUAUAAUCAAAAUCUAUAUCAACCGCUUCGGGACUCCUCGCCUCUCACCUCUUUCACUCUGCAACUCAACACACAAAAAUGGGUAAAGGAAUAUUCUUCACCUCCGCCUCAAUGCUUCUCGCCGUCAUAAUCACCACCACCCUCCGCUCCCACCACCACCACCAACAACAACUCCCAAACGACACUUCCUCCUCCUUCACGGACAUCACCACCAACGCUUCCAAACUACUCCGAUCAAAUGGAUUCAACUUCAUAGCCACCUUCCUCCACAUCUCACCGGACCUCUUCCUAUCAACACCAGAAACCACCGUGUUUGCCAUUCCUGAUUCCGCCAUUUCCAACCUCUCAAUCCGUCCCUACAUGACCAAGCACCUCCUCGCCUACCACAUCUCGCCGGAAAAAUUAACCAUCCAAGAUCUGUUCAAAAAACCCAUAAAAACUUGUUUACCAACCUUGAUUCAACACCAGAAAGUUUCAAUCACGAAGAACGAUAACAAACAUCAUGUUCUUGAAAUCAACAACGUGUUGAUUACUCACCCGAAUUUGUUUCUUCAAGGCCCCGUCAUUAUUCAUGGCGUUGCAGGUCCGUUCGCUUCCUUCAAUCAUAACCAAGAAAGCAUAACAUUACCAUUGUGUGAAUCCGGUGGUGGUGGCGGCGGCGUUGUCCGUGGAUUUAUCAAGAACAAGGAAGAAUGGGGGCGAGUGGUGAAAUUUCUGAGCUCAUCCGGAUUCAUGCCGUUUGCCAUUGGAUUAAACUCUGUGAUUCAUGGGAUACUGAAGGAUUUUCCAGAUUUGGAUUCAGUGACGAUUUUUACACCUCCGAAUGUUGCGUUAAUGGCUAUGUCAUCACCAUUGUUGGAUAAGUUCAUGAGGUUUCAUAUAGUUCCAUUGAGGCAUUCUAUCAAACAGUUGGCGGGCAUGCCAGCAGGUGCGUCUUUAAGAACUCUGGUUAAAGGUAAAGAUGUGGAGAUCACUGAUACGUCUAGAUUUUCUCAAGUUGUGUUUAUCAAUGGAGUCGCGAUUACUGCACCGGAUUUGUUCUUGUCGGAGAAGUUUAUUGUUCAUGGAAUUGCUCGGCCUUUGAAUACGGACGAGCUUUCUAGCAUGUCGUGAUAAAAAUUGGUAAUUGGAUUCUUUGAUACAUAUUUCGAAAAAAAAAAAAAAAAAAAAAAAAGACAAA